AUGCCCGACGUUCACAUCGUCAACGACGAUGCUUCCUUCGCCUCAAGUGACACUUUCUCCACAAAAGAUUCAACGGAGCCAGUCCGUCAGCUUUCUCGGCGAAACACAGUUUCCCACCUCACAAGAAAAGUGUCCAAAAGGAUAUCCCAGUCAAUUCUGGGUGGGGCUCAGCCUCACGAGUUGAGUGAAAGAAACCUCAAAGCCCUGGAUGACGCAAGCGUCUCAGAUCCAUACACUCGGCGCUCAUCAGAUCAUCAACUCCCCGAUGCCAAGGUAUACGAGCCUAUCCACGAAGACGAGGAGGAAUGUGCCAGUGUCGAUGUGGAAGCGCAAAAAGAAGCACGCCUUCAUGCGUCCUACGCCACCUUCUGUCAAAACUUCACCAUGUCAGGGUCUACAAGGAUGAGCAGGCAAUUCGACCUCACGAUGGAGACAGAGGCGGCCAAUGACAGUGAUCAGUCCCCUGCAUACCAUACAUUUGAGUCUCUGCAUUCACCCACAUCAAAGUGGCCCGGGUAUAUAACGGUCUACUCAAAGUCUGGACCUACCGCAGACGCAUUUCCAAUCUCCUCCCUCGGCAAUGUCGACCCGCCUGUUUCUCAAUUCACAGAUCAAAAGAAGAAUUCACACGACUGCUCUCGUCCAGAUACUCCAAUCUACGAAGACAAUCUCAGCAAAGAGCAUCCAAGCUUCGAGAUGUCCCGCCAAUCCGACUAUCCUCAGCCGCCUCCUCAGAUCAUGACACCGGAUGUUUACAUGGACAUGCAACGCGAAGAACGGGAGCGCAAGGCAGCCCGGCGGCAAAGACUCCUCAACCCGUUUCGAUCGUGGUUCAUGAGUAGUCAAUCAUCAUGGACGCGGAGGUAUGAAGUUGCGGAAUAA